AUGCACCGCCGACUAUCGACCAUGAUGAGGAGCGCUUCGUCGUCCUCUUCUAAUCCAAACCACGACGAUUUGCCCUUUGAUAACAGUUCCAAGUCGACCAUCACCACCGCAAUUGGCAAGGAAGACAACCUACCUCUCCCAGCCCCCUCGUUGAAGGUCAAACGUGUCGAUAACUACUAUAGCCGCUGGAGUAAGAGCUGGAAAUACAGAAAUACUAGCUCUAAAGUCGUUGUUGAAGCUCCUCCCCUCCUUCAGAGCGGUGGAAAUAACGACCAGUGGCGGGAGUACAGUUUCGUCAUCGUUCGCACUAUUCCCCGCAACGAGAACUUGGAAAAGACUUAUAGAAUUGUUCUCAAGAGCGACUACCUCCUCAAAGCCUGUCGCGAAGUGAUUGAUUCUUGGCCGGGUGUCUCCUGGAAUGCGGACCCCCUCGAACUUGAUCCGCAGAUCUUCGUCACCUUCCAUGACCAGUUCCUAGAGUACGAGCGGAACCUCGCAGAAAAGAAACGCACAGAGUUCGAGUCUCAUGUCCUGGCAACCGUCAAGCUCUUAAACUCGACUAUCGCAUCAGACUAUCACACCACGUUGUCCACGAUUCGACGGUUGACCAAGCACGGCGAAAUUACGUUCGACCUACUCUAUGGAAUCCUCAUCCCGCGCACCCUUUUUGUGGCCCGCUGCGCUGUGACGGGUCUUCCCCGCUUACUCAAACUGUCGUAUUUCCAGCGCACGGUGAUCGAGGGAAAGCCUAUGUACCAGUUGGUACUCGAGAGCGUCGAUCUCAUCGACCGUACGAUGUCGAACACGGUUGGGGUUGGUCUGGUGCAGACCGUCGUCUAUCUCCCCAACUUCCGUGGGGCAGUCAAGAUCGACUCCCUCGACGCCUACCCGCUGAAGUAUCAUCACGACGAGGCUGGCUUGCGGGAGGCGGCGCUCAAGCGAGGUCAAAAGUGGGUCAGUUUGAUGGGUGUGCAUCACAAGCAAUACGAUGGCGUAGCUGCGGUCAAGUCCAUGGGGAAAAUUCUGAAGCAUAAUGUGCGAAGUCGCGUCAUGAUUGAUAGGGCCACCUUCCGUCGUUUGAACCCCAACUACACGUUCCCGCAGCCCGUACCAACGCAAGUGGAGCAGGUCGAUCUUUCGAACCCGCGAAACCAGAACUACGAUAUGUACGGGAACUACAUUGCGACCCCUCCUCCACUACCGGCAACCGCAGGCGACGUCGUUCAGCAGAAUGCAGCUGAAGAGUCUCCUCAGAACGCCGAGCUUACCGAAGAGGAAUUGCUGCUUACACCUGCCGCCAUCUACGGGUUCAGCUUGAGCGAUAAAAUGUGGCUGGAGCUCAAUAUCGAACUGGUGCAAGAUGUUGAGUGGAACUCCGAGGCGUUCUCGAACCUCGUACUCCCUCAAGGGCGGAAGGACCUCCUCCAGUCGUUAAUCGAAUCGCACCACCGCGAACUUGGAUUCGACGACUUCAUCAAGGGGAAAGGACACGGCUUGGUCAUCAACCUUUAUGGCCCUCCUGGUGUAGGCAAGACUUUCUCAGCUGAAGCGACGAGCGAACACGUUCAAAGGCCCCUCUAUGUCGUUGGUGGUGGUGAUUUGGGAACCACCGCUUCGGAACUCGACUUGGCUUUAGAACGUGUAUUCGAUGUCGCUACAGCCUGGAAGGCUAUUGUCCUCAUCGACGAGGCGGACGUAUUCUUGGAACAACGCUCCCUUCAUGACCUGGAAAGGAACGCCAUGGUGGCCGUCUUCCUCCGACACGUCGAGUACUACCGCGGUAUUCUGUUCAUGACGACCAACCGAGUGAGGACCUUUGACGAAGCCUUCCUCUCUCGCAUCCACGUCGCGCUCCACUUCCAGCAACUCAGUCAGGAAUCCAAGGAGCAGGUUUGGUCCGCCUUUAUCAAGAAAGCGGGAGCAGCAAAUUCGAUCACCCCUGAGCAAAUCAAAGUGCUCGCGAAGAGGAACAUCAAUGGUCGCCAGAUCAAGAACGCCGUUCGGACCGCACAUUCGCUGGCUGUAGGACGUGAUGCUCGGGUCACAUUCGAACAUAUUAUGGAAACUUUGGACGCAAUGGCUGAGUUCACGAGGCUCUUUGAAUCAGGAAACGAAUAAUUAGGAUUUGCCCUUGGGGGGGACGAACCGGAGACACUGCGACGCACACGCCCUGGGCGCCUAAAGAUAAUGAUGUCAGAGUAUUAUGUAUAUAGUAUAAUCUCCCCUAUCUUUAGGUCUGGCCCCAAAACAGACAACUGAAAA